AUGUAUGCCCUGCACGGCGUGCUCGUCCUCUGGUGCAUCUUGCUGCUGGCCGGUCGGGUGCCUGCCGUGCCCGCCGGCUCCAGCAUCACUCCGCCGCCGCCGGUAGAGCCGGUGCAGUUCCUCGCCCCGACGCAGGAUUCACGACGGCCUUGGGUUCGACUGAGAGAUUCGAUCAUUGAGAAGAUCUGGGGCAUCUCGAGCAAAAAAACAGACCGCUACUGUCCCGUGAAGGAUGGGCUUCGCCGUCCCCCGCCCGCGAAGGCCCUAACGCGGUAUGGUAGCGACGUCGUCCUGCGGUUCGAGCUGCGGGAGCCCGACGAAGUCAAAGCCCUGGCAGAUGCUGUGAACGUGCUCUUCCUGGAUGUAUGGGACUCGACAGAUACAUUCGUGGACAUUCGCCUGGCGAAGGAAGUGAUUCCUUCACUGCUGGGCCUCUUGCCGGAGUCUCUCCAGAACGCUCACACGCUCCUGAUUGAGGACCUUUCGGAAUUGAUCUACGCCUCCUACCCGUCACGUCGCUCCACCGAUCUGGACCACGGGCCUCUGUUCAGCCCUUCAGUGCGCCAAAGGACCAAUGUCGCGGAUCUCUUUUUCGAUGACUACCAGCCAUUGUCCGUCAUCAUCCCGUGGAUGCGGCUGAUGGCGUCGAUGUUUGCAUCCCACGUGCAGAUGAUCAAUGUCGGCAUGACUUACGAAGGUCGUGAUAUCCCCGCCUUCCGGCUGGGGGUUCGACCACCCAGCCCCGAGCCUCCGCUGGAGCCACGGAAGACGGUGCUGAUCAUUGGAGGCGCCCACGCGCGCGAAUGGAUCAGUACCUCGACGGUCUGCUACAUUGCAUACAGGCUGAUCACCGGGUACGGCAAGUCGGCGGCCAUCACCCGGCUUUUGGAAGAUUUCGACUGGGUGCUGGUCCCUACAAUCAACCCGGACGGGUAUGUCUAUUCGUGGGAGGUGGAUCGUCUGUGGCGGAAGAAUCGACAGCAGACGGGCCUCCAUUUCUGUCCGGGAAUCGAUCUCGAUCGCUCGUGGGGCUACGCGUGGGAUGGCGAGGGGACUCGUGCCAACCCGUGCUCAGAGAGCUACGCGGGCGACCAGGCAUUCGACGGAGUGGAGACGAGGACAAUUGCAGAGUGGGCGCUCAACGAAAAGCUGAACAAUAACGUCGACAUUAUCGGCUUUCUCGAUCUUCACUCUUAUUCCCAACAGGUCUUGUACCCCUACUCGUACUCGUGUGCGUCGGUGCCGCCGACCCUCGAAAACCUGGAAGAGCUGGCGCUGGGACUGUCCAAGGCGAUCCGGAUGACCGAUCGCGAGAAAUACAAUGUGGCCUCUGCCUGUGAAGGGAUUGUGGUGUCGGACCAGCGGAGCGGGAAGAAGCGAAUCCUGCCCAAGGUGGAGAGUAGUGGAGGAAGCGCGCUGGAUUGGUUUUAUCACCAACUGCACGCCAAGUACGCCUACCAGAUCAAACUGCGCGACAAGGGGACGUACGGAUUUCUGCUACCACCGGAGAACAUCGUCCCGACGGGCAAGGAAAUCUUUAAUUCAAUUCUGGUUUUUGGGCACUUUCUUCUCGCCGAAAGAGCGAAUGACAUCGACUGGGAUUUGGAUCUUCAAUAUCCGGAGACAUCGGACGCCGCAUCGGAGGCUGCGUCAGAUAUUUUGGAUCGCACGCGCUUCCGGUCGGAUCAACAGCCUCUGGGAGACCAAGACCGCGAGGAAGCCACCCAGGAUGAGGAUGAUUUGGACGAAGAGUAUGACUGGGAAAUGCGACGGCGAAAGUAG